CCGCGUCGGCGAGCAGCCCGCGGCGCCGGCUCCCUCCCCACGCCCGAGCCUCCUGCGCAGCGCCCGAGGACGCCGGCCCAGCCCCGGCCCCACGCCGCGGCGCGCGGGCUGCCCGCCCGGCCGAGAACAAUCAACCAUGACGACCGAAUCUGGCUCAGACUCGGAAUCCAAGCCGGAGCAGGAGGCCGAGCCCCAGGAGGCAGCCGGGGCGCAGGGGCCUGUGGGGGCACCACAGGGGCCAGGGCCCGAGCCUAGUGGGGAGGAGCAUCACCAGGUCCUGGAACAGUUCGAGGCCGCGGCACACAGCACCCCAGUGAGGAAGGAGGUCACUGACAAGGAACUGGAGUUCGCUGCUGGGGCUGCAAAACAGCUCGAAUAUCAGCAAUUGGAAGACGAUAAACUUUCUCAGAAAUCAUCUAGCAGCAAACUAUCUCGAUCUCCAUUAAAGAUUGUCAAAAAGCCUAAAAGCAUGCAGUGCAAAGUGAUACUUCUGGAUGGAUCAGAAUAUACCUGUGAUGUGGAGAAACGCUCCAGAGGCCAGGUGCUGUUUGAUAAAGUAUGUGAACAUCUGAACUUACUAGAAAAGGACUAUUUUGGGCUUACGUAUCGAGAUGCUGAAAACCAGAAGAAUUGGCUGGACCCUGCUAAGGAAAUAAAAAAACAAAUUCGAAGUGGUGCUUGGCACUUUUCAUUUAAUGUGAAAUUUUACCCACCAGACCCUGCCCAGCUAUCUGAAGACAUCACCAGGUACUACCUCUGCCUACAACUGCGAGAUGACAUCGUGUCUGGAAGGCUGCCCUGCUCCUUUGUCACCCUGGCCCUGUUGGGCUCCUACACUGUCCAGUCCGAACUUGGAGACUAUGAUCCAGAUGAAUGUGGGAAUGAUUACAUUAGUGAGUUCCGCUUUGCACCAAACCACACUAAAGAACUGGAAGAUAAAGUGAUCGAGCUGCACAAGAGCCACAGAGGAAUGACGCCAGCAGAAGCAGAGAUGCAUUUCUUGGAAAAUGCCAAAAAACUGUCCAUGUAUGGGGUUGAUUUACAUCAUGCCAAGGAUUCUGAAGGAGUAGAAAUUAUGUUAGGAGUUUGUGCAAGUGGUCUGUUGAUAUAUCGUGACCGUCUGAGAAUCAACAGAUUUGCCUGGCCUAAGGUUCUCAAAAUUUCAUACAAACGGAACAACUUUUACAUUAAGAUCCGGCCAGGAGAGUUUGAACAAUUUGAAAGCACCAUUGGCUUUAAACUGCCAAACCAUCGAGCUGCCAAGCGUUUAUGGAAAGUAUGUGUUGAACAUCAUACAUUUUUCAGACUGUUGUUACCAGAAGCACCUCCAAAGAAAUUCCUUACCUUGGGCUCCAAGUUUCGAUAUAGUGGCAGGACACAAGCCCAAACAAGAAGAGCCAGUGCAUUGAUAGAUCGUCCCGCCCCCUACUUCGAACGCUCGUCCAGCAAACGCUAUACCAUGUCUCGCAGCUUGGAUGGAGCAUCAGUGAAUGAAAACCAUGAAAUAUACAUGAAGGAUUCUGUGUCUGCUGCAGAGGUUGGUACUGGCCAGUACGCCACAACAAAGGGUAUCUCUCAGACCAACUUGAUCACCACUGUGACUCCGGAGAAAAAGGCCGAGGAGGAGCGGGACGAGGAAGAGGACAGACGGAAAAAGGCGGAAGAAGCCACGCCGGUCGCGGCAGCACGGCACGAGGGAAAGUCACCUGGGCUUGGCACUGACUCAUGUCCCCCGUCCCCUCCAUCAGCCCAUCGUCCCCCUGCAUCCUCCCCCGAGCUCCGUAGGAGGUGUAAGGAGAAUGACUGUCACCCCCUGGGUUUGGAACCAGCCAAAGGCACCGUGCGUGUGCAUGGAGAGCCCGCCUUGGACUCUGACCACAAAGGGAAGCCAUCCCUAGGGGACCAAGAUGUGGCUUUUAGCUACAAGCCACAGCCUGGCAAAGGGACCACCCUGUUUUCCUUCUCCUUGCAGCUCCCGGAGUCCUUCCCUUCUCUUCUAGAUGAUGAUGGGUACCUCUCUUUCCCCAACCUGUCGGAAACCAACCUCCUCCCCCAGAGCCUGCAGCAUUAUCUCCCGAUUCGCUCACCCUCCCUUGUGCCCUGUUUCCUCUUCAUCUUUUUCUUUCUGCUCUCCGCCUCCUUCUCAGUGCCAUAUGCCCUCACUCUCUCCUUCCCUCUGGCUAUGUGCCUCUGCUACCUGGAGCCCAAGGCGGCCUCCUUGAGUGCCUCACUAGACAAUGACCCGAGUGACAGUUCAGAGGAAGAGACCGACAGUGAGCGCACGGACACCGCGGCCGACGGGGAAACCACUGCUACUGAGUCGGACCAGGAGGAAGAUGCAGAGCUCAAGGCACAGGAGCUAGAUAAAACUCAAGAUGACCUGAUGAAACACCAAACCAAUAUUAGUGAGCUGAAAAGAACCUUUUUAGAAACCUCCACAGACACUGCCAUCACGAAUGAAUGGGAAAAGAGGCUUUCUACUUCCCCAGUGCGACUAGCCGCCAGGCAGGAGGACGCGCCCAUGAUCGAACCACUUGUACCUGAAGAGACUAAACAGUCGUCUUCUGAAAAGCUCAUGGAUGGCUCUGAAAUCUUCAGUUUGUUAGAGUCUGCAAGGAAACCAACAGAAUUCAUAGGAGGGGUUACUUCUACUUCUCAAAGCUGGGUUCAGAAAACAGAAACCAAGACGGAGUCCAGCAAGACGGAGACAGAAACAAGCCACUUAGCACCGAGCCCCCAGCCACUUAGCACCGAGAAGGUUGUGCAGGAAACCGUGCUGGUGGAGGAAAGACAUGUGAUGAAUGUGCAUGCGAGUGGGGAUGCUUCUUACGUGGCUGGAGAUGACAUGGAUGCUGCGACACAGGCAGCAUCUGCUGAUGCUUCUGGCUUGAAAGGGAAGGAGGGCUCUGCUCUGCCGGAGGGGGCUAAGGAGGAGAAGGGGCAGGUGGCCGAUAAAGCUGUCCUCGAACAGGAAGAGACAGCUACUGCUUCCCACGAGCCAGAGGAGGAGCAGAGUACAACAAUCCACGUUCCUGAAACUCGGGAACAGAAACCUCAUUUUGAGUCAUCAACCGUGAAGACAGAGAGCCUCAGUUUUGGCAGUGUUUCACCAGGAGGAGUAAAGCUAGAAAUUUCUACCAAGGAAGUGCCGGUAGUUCACACAGAAACAAAAACGAUAACGUAUGAAUCGUCACAGGUUGACGCUGGUGCAGAUUUGGAACCAGGCGUGCUAAUGAGCGCGCAGACGAUCACGUCUGAAACCACCAGUACCACGACCACCACCCACAUCACCAAAACUGUGAAAGGAGGCAUCUCCGAGACGAGAAUUGAGAAGCGGAUAGUCAUCACAGGAGAUGCGGACAUCGACCAUGACCAGGCGCUGGCUCAGGCAAUUAAAGAGGCCAAAGAGCAGCACCCUGACAUGUCAGUGACCAAAGUAGUGGUCCAUAAAGAGACAGAGAUCACACCGGAAGAUGGAGAGGAUUGACCCCAGGAAUAAUUUAGCCUGCACAUGAAUCCAGUCAUGCAAACCAUUAGGAAAACCAGAGCCUAUAUGGAGUUCCCUCUUCUAACCCAACUGACUUGUAUCUAUCUGCCCAUGGAAAAUUUCAAUCCAGAAGAACUGACCUUGACCAUUAAUAAAGACACUGGCAGAAAGAUCUUCCCAUAAUAAAACAAUCCGAAUCAGCAUCACGAAACUGAUAUUGCAUGAAGCAACGAUAAAAUUACAAAAGAGUAGCAUUUUUAAUUUCCACCAAGUGUCUAAGUUUUCAGCUAUAUCUGCACGUUCAUAACCAACAAUAUAAACCGUGAUCUCAUGUAACACAUAAACAAUUCAUGCCUUUCAUAGUUUAUUAUUAAAGUCUAAACAAAACCACAAUUUCUUAGGUGACAGAUCUUUUGUUUACAGACAAAUGAAGAUUACCCUAAAAUGCUAGAAGCUGUCUAGGUCCGAUGUGUCAGGUUUAUCCCAGAUUAGAUGUGCCAAUAACCCAAGUUUAUUCAGUAAACAACUUGAAUCUUG